AUGCAGUCGAUUCUUUUGCGUGCCAGAGCGCAGCCCUUCUCUCGCUGGCAGUCGCUUGCAUGCCGCGUUCCUAGCUCGAGCUUGCGUUUGAUGGGCACUUACGCGACCUUCAAGGUGCCCCAGAUUAACAAUGAGCCGAACAAACAUUACACACCCGGGUCGCCAGAUCGCAAGGCUCUUGAGGAGGCUUUGGCUUCGGUCAACAGCAAGGCUCCUUUCAAUGUGCCUCUUGUUGUUGCUGGAAAAGAGAUCAAGAACUCCCAAACCUUCACCCAGAGCAACCCGGCCACUCACGCUCCUCUUGCAACCUACUCCAAUGCUUCCAAGGCUGAUGUCGAUGCUGCCAUUCAAUCAGCUCUGGCUGCUCGCAAGUCCUGGGCCGAGACCCCCUUUGCUGAGCGUGCUAGCAUUUUCCUCAAGGCCGCCGAUUUGAUCUCAACAAAGUACCGCUAUGAUAUUAUGGCUUUGACUAUGCAAGGGCAAGGAAAGAAUGCCUGGCAGGCCGAGAUUGACUCGGCUGCUGAGUUGAUUGACUUCUUCCGCUUCGGUGUGAAGUAUGCCGAAGAGGUCUACGCACAGCAGCCUGUCCACCACUCUCCUGGUGUCUGGAACCGCCUCGAGUACCGCCCUCUUGAGGGGUUCGUCUACGCUAUUAGUCCCUUCAACUUCACUGCCAUUGGUGGUAACUUGGCCGGUGCACCGGCCCUGAUGGGUAACGUCGUGAUCUGGAAGCCUUCACCCUCCGCCAUUGCCUCCAACUGGCUCGUUCACCAGAUUCUUCUCGAGGCUGGUCUGCCCAAGGAUGUCAUCCAGUUUGUGCCCGGUGAGGCCGAGGAGGUGACCAGCUCUGUUCUCAGUCACCCUGAAUUCGCCGCUCUCCACUUCACCGGCAGCACGGAUGUAUUCCGUAUGCUCUAUGGCAAGAUCUCGCAGGGUGUGGCGGAUGGCAAAUACCGCAGCUACCCUCGCAUUGUUGGCGAGACCGGUGGCAAGAACUUCCACUUGAUUCACAAGUCGGCCGAUAUCCAAAAUGCCGUGGUCCAGACCGUGCGUGGUGCCUUUGAGUUCCAGGGUCAGAAGUGCAGCGCCACUUCUCGUGCCUAUGUUGCAUCCUCCAUUGCCGACGAGUUCGCCAAGCAGCUCGCCGCUGAGGUGCAGCAACUGAAGGUUGGCGAGCCGUCCGACUUCACCAACUUCUGCGGCCCCGUCAUCCACGAGGGCUCUUUCAACAAGCUGGCUGGCGUUAUCGACGAGGCAAAGAACGACCCCGAGCUUGAGUUGCUUGCAGGUGGAACCUAUGACUCCUCUAAGGGCUGGUACAUCUCCCCCACCGUGUACCGUACCUCCAACCCCGACCACCCGCUCUUGUCGCGCGAGCUCUUCGGCCCCAUCAUCGUAAUCCACUCUUACAAUGACGCCACCGAGGCUGACUUCGUCAAGAUCUGUGAGAAGAUCGACACCACUGGCACCUAUGCCCUGACUGGUUCCAUCUUCGCUCAGGACCGUGAGGCCGUUCGUGUGGCCGACGAUGCCCUCCGCAACACCGCUGGAAACUUCUACAUCAACUGCAAGAGCACCGGUGCUGUUGUUGGCCAGCAGCCAUUCGGUGGUGCCCGUGCCAGUGGUACCAAUGACAAGGCCGGUAGCGCUAACCUUCUUUCGCGCUUCGUGAGCUUGCGAUCUGUCAAGGAGGAGUUCGUCCCCACCUACACUGUUGCUUACCCCAGCAACGCAAACUAA